AUGAAAGUAAGCAGGCAGACAACACCCUAACACUUGUCCACAACUGUUCAGUCAGUCAGUGUGUGUAUCAACAUGGCAAAGGCAACUUUAGGUCAGGAUCCCUUCUGCUGUUCAAUCUGUCUGGAUCUACUGAAGGAUCCAGUGACUACUGCCUGUGGACACAGUUACUGUAGGGGCUGUAUUAAGGGCUGCUGGGUUCAGGAAGAUCUGAAAGGUGUCUACAGCUGUCCACUGUACAUGGAAAGCUUCAUCCCAAGACCUGUUAGAGUCCCGCUUUCAAGGAGCGGGACUCUAACCCGGAAGCUUAUAAGAAAUCCCGCUAUGCCCUCCGACGAACCAUCAAACAGGCAAAGCUUCAAUACAGGACUAAGAUCGAAUCGUACUACACCGGCUCCGACACUCGUCGGAUGUGGCAGGGCUUGCAAAUUAUUACAGACUACAAAGGGAAGCACAGCCGCGAGCUGCCCAGUGACACGAGCCUACCAGACGAGCUAAAUUACUUCUAUGCUCGCUUCGAGGCAAGUAACACUGAAACAAGCAUGAGAGCAUCAGCUGUUCCGGACGACUGUGUGAUCACGCUCUCCGUAGCCGAUGUGAGUAAGACCUUUAAACAGGUCAACAUUCACAAGGCCGCAGGGCCAGACGGAUUACCAGGACGUGUACUCCAAGCAUGCGCUGACCAUCUGGCAAGUGUCUUCACUGACAUUUUCAACCUCUCCCUGUCUGAGUCUGUAAUACCAACAUGUUUCAAGCAGACCACCAUAGUCCCUGUGCCCAAGAACACUAAGGUAACCUGCCUAAAUGACUACCGACCCGUAGCACAGUCAUUUGUAACCAUGAAGUGCUUUGAAAGGCUGGUCAUGGCUCACAUCAACACCACUAUCCCAGAAACCCUAGACCCACUCCAAUUUGCAUACCGCCCCAACAGAUCCACAGAUGAUGCAAUCUCUAUUGCGCUCCACACUGCCCUUUCACACCUGGACAAAAGGAACAGCUAUGUGAGAAUGCUAUUCAUUGACUACAGCUCAGCGUUCAACACCAUAGUGCCCUCAAACCUCAUCACUAAGCUAAGGACCCUGGGACUAAACACCUCCCUCUGCAACUGGAUCCUGGACUUCCUGACGGGCCGCACCCAGGUGGUAAGGGUAGGUAACAACACAUCCGCCAUGCUGAUCCUCAACACGGGGGCCCCUCAGGUGCGCGUGCUCAGUCCCCUCUUGUACUCCCUGUUCACUCAUGACUGCAUGGCCAGGCACGACUCAAACACCAUCAUUAAGUUUGCUGAUGACACAACAGUGGUAGGCCUGAUCACUGACACCGACGAGACAGCCUAUAGGGAGGAGGUCAGAGACCUGGCCGUGUGGUGCCAGGACAACAACCUCUCCCUCAACGUGAUAAAGACAAAGAAGAUGAUUGUGGACUACAGGAAAAAGGACAGAGCACCCUUUUACACUGCUGCUACUCUCUGUUUAUUAUCUACGCAUAGUCACUUUAAUAACUCUACCUACAUGUACAUAUUACCUCAAUUACCUCGACUAACCGGUGCCCCAGCACAUUGACUCGGUACCAGUAACCCCUGUAUAUAGCCUAGCUAUUGUUAUUUUUACUGCUGCUCUUCAAUUAUUUGUUACUUUUAUUUCGUAUUAUUUUAUAUUGUAUUUUUUUGUGAUUUUCUUUAGUGGUGUUCUUUCUUAAAACUGCAUUGUUGGUUAAGGGCUUGUAAGUAAGUAUUUCACUGUAAGGUCUACACCUGUUGUAUUCGGUGCAUGUGACAAAUACAAUUUGAUUUGAUUUGUUUUGAGGAAAAACAUCUUGUUGGCUGAAUUAAUGGAGAAACAGAAGAAGACAGGAUUCAAAUCUGCUCCUCCAGCUCUCUGUUAUGCUGGACCUAGAUAUGUGGAGUGUGAUUUCUGCACUAGGAGGAAACUCAAAGCUGUCAAGUCCUGCCUGGUGUGUCUGGCAUCUUACUGUGAGACUCACCUCCAGCCUCACUAUGAAGCCUUUAAGAAGCACAAGCUGGUCAAAGCCUCCACACAACUACAGGAGAAGAUCUGCUCUCAUCAUGACAAACCACUGGAGGUUUACUGCCAUACCGAUCAGCAGUGUAUCUGUUAUCAGUGUAUAAUGGAUGAACAUAAAGGCCAUGAUACAGCUACAGCAGAAAGGACUGAGAAACAGGUAAGGAUGAUAACUCCACUGUAAAACAUAAUAGAUCUGCAUUUAGACAUUUGUUAAUCUCUUUACGACAUAUUGUUGAUGUACCUCAUAUCAAAUGGAAGUGUUUUAUGUCAAAGGUGAUAUAACUGGAAGAGCGAGAAAAACAUCCAACGCCCAGAGAUGUCAAAGUACUUAAACAAAAUUGCCUGAUUAUAUUGUUGCAGUAAUUUGUUGACUCUCAUAAGUAAUAAUAAGUUGACACAUCACAAAAUGCAAUCAUUAUGGUGUUAUAUUUCCAAAAUCUCAAGAACGCAUAGACAUAUCUCCUUCUUUUGGCUGCAUCUCUGCGUCUGAGGUUUGAAGGACUAUCCUAUUUCACAUAAAUAUCAUGGAAGGAGCCGUUACAAAGUCUUGUCACCAUUCUCUGCAGAAACAGUUGGGGGAGAAUCAUCAGAAAUCCCAGCAGAGAAUCCAGCAGAGCGAGAAGAAGAUGAAGAAGCUGGGACAGGCGGUGGUCUCUCUGAAGGUGAGUGUUGGGAAUAUCUAUAUUUAAAUUAAAUAUAUAUUCACAUGUUGAAAAUGUUCAGGUUGUCUGGGUCCUGGUGAGAACUGAGUGAAUAGGAAAAGGCUAUAUGGACCCUCCUGACCAGCAAACCAAUAUUACAUUUCAGAAUUGGUUAAAAUUAGUUUAGGGUCAGGGUAAAGGGUUUGGUGUAAGGUUAGGGUUAAGGUAAGGAUCAGUUUUAGAUGUUGUCUAGUCAAUGGGAUGCUGGAAAGAAAAGUCCUUAUAGUCUCUCCUGAGUGAAUAGGCUGUAUUAAAUGUGUUCUAACAGCGCUCUGCACAGGUAGCGGUGGAGGACAGUGAGAGGAUUUUUACUGAGCUGAUCUGUUCCAUUGAAAGAAGGAACUCUGAGGUGAAGGAGCAGAUAAGAGCCCAGGAAAAUGCUGAAGUGAGUCGGGCUAAAAAGCAACUGAAGCAGCUGGAGCAGGAGGUCGCUGAGUUGAGGAGGAAAGAUGCUUAGCUGGAGCAGCUUUCACACACGGAGGAUCACAUCCAUUUCCUCCAGGUGACAUCAGUCUGUCUACAUAAGCAAACAAAUCUAAAAUAACUUAUAAACUUUAGAUAACACAUCUCUACAUUUCUGUUUUUCAACCUGUUUCUCUCUGUAGGGUUUUCAGUCUCUCUGUGUCCCUCAUCGAUCUGAUGCCUUACCCAACAUAUCGGUCAAUCCACACAUCUCUUUUCAUUUUGUGUAGAAGUUUGUAUCUAAAGUGACAGAACAACUGGAGGAUAUCUGCAAGAAGGAAAUUGUCAAACUAUCAUGGGAAGGUAGGUGGGAAGUAGCAAAUAGACUUGUACUUUACGUGCCUCAAAUUUAGCAAUAGUGGUUACCUUGAAUGAAUGUUGAUCCAUAGAGUUGACUGUAGUAAUCCUUUGUAUCUUGUUUGUGGUUUCUUGCAUUCAUUUGCAUUGGUUUGAUUGUGGUAAGAACAGUGCACCAUUCACACUCACCAUACAUUCAAACACCUGUGUCUUUAUAGAUCACCUGAUGUGUGUUUACCACCACCAUCUGUCUGCCCCUAGUUGUCUGGAGUGUAAUUGCCCGAAUAAUACCACAUUAUAAAAUACACCCAAAUUUGCUCCAACAAUUAUUAUUAUGGGGACUUUCAUUUCAAUCUUCUGGGUUACUGCAUUUUACAUUUACAUUUUAGUCAUUUAGCAGACGCUCUUAUCCAGAGCGACUUACAGGAGCAAUUAGGGUUAAGUGCCUUGCUCAAGGGCACAUUAACGUCAUUUAGCAGACGCUCUUAGCCAGAGCGACUCACAAAUUGGUGCGUUCACCCUAUAGCCAGUGGGAUAACCACUUUACAAUUUGGGGGGGGGGGGGGGGGGGUUAGAAGGAAUACUUUAUCCUAUCCCAGGUAUUCCUUAAAGAGGUGGGGUUUCAAAUGUCUCCGGAAGGUGGUGAGUGACUCCGCUGUCCUGGCGUCGUGAGGGAGCUUGUUCCACCAUUGGGGUGCCAGAGCAGCGAACAGUUUUGACUGGGCUGAGCGGGAGCUAUGCUUCCGCAGAGGAAGGGGAGCCAGCAGGCCAGAGGUGGAUGAACGCAAUGCCCUCGUUUGGGUGUAGGGACUGAUCAGAGCCUGAAGGUACAGAGGUGCCGUUCCCCUCACUGCUCCAUAGGCAAGCACCAUGGUCUUGUAGCGGAUGCGAGCUUCAACUGGAAGCCAGUGGAGUGUGCGGAGGAGGGGGGUGACGUGAGAGAACUUGGGAAGGUUGAACACCAGACGGGCUGCGGCAUUCUGGAUGAGUUGUAGGGGUUUAAUGGCACAGGCAGGGAGGCCAGCCAACAGCGAGUUGCAGUAGUCCAGACGGGAGAUGACAAGUGCCUGGACCAGGACCUGCGCCGCUUCUGAGGAAUGGAUACAUAAACCUGUGAUUGAAAUAACUGUCCAAACACCAACUAUCAAGCUGACUUAAAUCAAUCAGUCCAUCUCUCCCUUAGCACCUCCCUCUGACUACUUCAUGGAUGCCAUUCCACAGACUUCUUAUUACAAUACCAACCAAUUGGCACAGCGGAGACCCAGCCCUUGCUGGAUAACCCAACAACCAUAUUUUCACAACAUGCAAGCGACCUUCAGCACAAUGAGGCCCACCGUGCCUCCCAUGGUGUACCCUCAUCGCAUGGACGCCCAGGCUGCAGCUGCUGCAACCCCAGUGCACAUGCCUCAGUACAAGUAUGCUGCAGGAGUGUGCAACCCUCAGCAGCACAUUAAUACACUUCCCCAGGUUGUUAAGCAGCAGCCUGUUGUCCAUGUGCAGGACCAGGGGCCUCUGGCUGCUGCUCCUCCUCAGGAACAGAGGGAAAUGCUGGGUCAACGCCUCUUCCCGCUCAUCCAGAACAUGCAACCCAGUCUGGCAGGAAAGAUCACUGGCAUGUUGCUGGAGAUUGACAACUCUGAGCUACUCUACAUGUUGUAG